UACUUGUUUGCAAAUUAUUAAUUUUAAUUAAUCUGAUCGAUCACUGGUAUUGGUGACAGGUGUUUGAGUGGUUUGAGAAGUCCAGGACAGUGAAGAGAACAAGAGCUAAGAGACGUGAUAAUUAUGAGGAGUCACCAAGCAACCGAGAGUCAGAACGACGGGUGAGUGUACGUGUGCGGGGUGUCUCGGAUCUGCAGAACGGCUGAUAUGAGUUGUGGAUAGGAAGAGGAAGCACAUGAGUGCACUGGAUCGUGGUUGUGGGCGCUCUUGUCAAAGACAUGUCGAACUGUGGUUCCUGAAUGGAGUGCUACGAAUUGUUUCCGCAAGACAAGAAUGGACGUGAAAGAAAUCAAACUUACCGUCAACUCUGAAGAAUCAGUGCUGGAUUUGAUCAGGCUCGUGCGACCUGAGUGGAAGUCGGACGACUCGCUAGCAAUUCGUGUGUUUCAAGGCGGUGUUGCGAAUCGCUUGUAUGGCGUUCUGGCCGAUGGGAACAGUGUGGCUCGCACCCUGCUGGUGAAGGUGUUCGGGGAAGGGAGUGACUUGCUCAUAGACCGACGCAAGGAACGGGAGCACAUUGAGCUGUUGUGGCGCCAUGGACACGCAGAGCCUCUAUGCGCCACGUUUGACAAUGGAUUCGUGUAUGGCUACAUCGUGGGUCGCCCACUGACGGUAACUUCGGCCAGACUUCCCCAUGUAUUCCCGAAGAUUGCGAGGCAGCUCGCCCGGGUACACAGUGUGCCGAAACCUGACGGACUGUUGAAUCCUGAGCCUGCAAUCCUGAGAAACCUUGUACAUUGGCUAGACUUGGUGCCUGAAACGUUUAGCAAGGCGGAUGUACAUCAACGUGUUGAUGCCAUUCUACAAAGUCGGUCUGUACUAAAAGCAGAGGUGAAGGCGUUAGUGGAUCGACUCCAGUCCCUCAAUUCACCCGUGGUAUUCGGUCACAAUGAUGUAAGACCAGAAAAUAUUUUGGAGCUUGAUGACAACCCCGAUCAGGUAGCUUUUAUUGAUCACGAGUACGCUGGCUGGAAUUACCGGUGUUUUGAUUUGGGGAACCUGUUCUGUAAAUACUGCGGCGUUGUUGAACACAUGGAUUCCUCGCUGUUCCCAAGCCAUGCAGAACAGGAGAGCUUUCUGCAAGUAUACAGUACUGAGGCAGCAGCUCUGCAGAGCAAAGGGGAUCACGAUGUCGCUACUCUAUACAACGAGGCGAGCCUGGGUGCAUUGGCCAGCAACAUGCAGUGGGCAAUCUGGUGUUUGGUACAAGCUGAGCACUCCCUGAUGGAGUUUGACUAUGUUGACUAUGCCGGUAACCUCUUGGCCGAGUAUUACCGCCAGAAAGCGUUGCGUUGAAUGGAACUAGCCAUUAUUAAAGUUCUUUUGACGAUUUGUGUUAAGGCAGCAAUAGCCUAUUUCUUUAAAUUUAUGUAUUAGUAAACAGCCUACGGGUAUCAACCGGAUCUCAUGUAUCAGCAUGCACGGCAAGAUCUAACUGGAUGUAGUCAGUAGUCCUGCGGCGCGGUGGUAUGGGGAGACUGAUGUGCAGAAUUCGUAUGCAGCCUGUGUUGCAAGACAGGGACUGAAGCAUGGCUCGGCAGUGUGAAUCAACGUACCAACUUACCAUGCUGCGCUUACUCAGAUAGCUGUUGCUCUUUCCUCGGAGAUAAUAAAAAAAUCAGAAAAAGGACACAAUUCAGGUUCAAUAACAUUUUGACGAAUUUGAACUGAUUUUCAUGAAUACUCUGAUAUUUUCAGUACACCCAAC